CUGCGGCAGGCAGGCGGGCCGGCCCUGGUCGCCUCUGCGGGGGUGCAUGGAGGCACCCCGCGCCCGCAGAGAGGUGUGAAUCCCCCGGAGGACAGCGCGCCUGCUCUGCUUGGCCCCCACAAGGCGAGCGGCCCCGGGUCCCCACCUCGCCGGCCUCGGCCGGGCUGCAGGAGGAACAAGGAGAGGGGCUCGGGACCUUAAAAAUAGCGUCGCCCCCAUAACCAGGCAGCUGCUGUCUCCUGAGAAAUGAAGAAGUUUUUCGACUCGCGUCGGGAGCAGGGUGGCUCUGGCCCCGGAUCGGGCACCAGCGGCGGUGGCGGUGGCAGCAGUGGCCCGGGCAGCGGGUACAUCGGCAGGGUGUUCAGCAUCGGCCGGUACCAGGUGACGGUGGACGAGGUGCUGGCGGAAGGAGGAUUUGCAAUAGUGUUUCUUGUGAGGACUAACAAUGGAAUGAAAUGUGCUCUGAAGCGGAUGUAUGUCAAUAACGAGUAUGACUUGCAAGUCUGCAAAAGAGAAAUCCAAAUCAUGCGGGAUCUAUCUGGCCACAAGAACAUUGUUGGAUACAUUGAUUCCAGUAUAAACUCAGUAAGCAGUGGUGAUGUAUGGGAAGUGCUGAUACUAAUGGACUACUGUCGAGGAGGUCAAGUGGUGAACCUCAUGAACCAACGCCUGCAGACAGGGUUCACGGAGAAUGAGGUCCUGCAGAUCUUCUGCGACACCUGUGAAGCUGUAGCCAGGUUGCAUCAGUGUAAAACGCCAAUAAUCCACAGGGAUUUGAAGGUUGAAAACAUCCUGCUGCACGAUCGUGGGCACUAUGUCCUGUGUGACUUUGGAAGUGCUACUAACAAAUUCCAGAAUCCUCAAACAGAAGGGGUGAAUGCGGUAGAGGAGGAGAUCAAAAAGUACACUACGUUAUCCUAUAGAGCACCAGAAAUGGUCAACCUGUAUAGUGGCAAACUUAUUACUACAAAAGCAGACAUAUGGGCCCUUGGCUGUUUACUGUACAAGCUGUGUUACUUCACCUUGCCAUUUGGGGAGAGUCAGGUGGCAAUCUGUGAUGGCAAUUUCACCAUUCCAGAUAAUUCUCGGCACUCGCAAGACAUGCACUGCCUCAUCCGGUAUAUGCUUGAGCCAGACCCAGAUAAGAGACCUGAUAUUUAUCAGGUCUCCUACUUUGCAUUCAAACUGGCAAAGAAGGAAUGCCCAGUCCAGAAUGUCCAGAACUCUCCGAUCCCCGCUAAACUCCCAGACCCGGUUAAAGCAAGUGAAGCUGCUGCAAAGAAGAGUCAACCAAAGGCCAGGCUGACAGAUCCCAUCCCUACGACAGAAACUUCCAUAGCACCUCGCCAGAGACCUAAAGCAGGACAGACACAACCCAACCCUGGAAUUUUACCCAUUCAGCCAGCCUUGACGCCUAGGAAGAGACCCACGGCUCAAGCAGCCAUUCAGGCACAAGUUGCAGGACCUGCUACCCUGGGCAGUGGUCAGCCUUCACUACCUGCAAGUGUCCCCCAGCAAAAAGCAGCACCUCAGCAGGCUCCAGCACAGCCACAAGCCAAGCAGGCACCAGCUCCACAGCAGGCCUCGCAGGCACAGCCCCAGGUCCCUUCUACUCAGCCACAAGCCACACCUCAGCAUCAACAGCAGCUUUUCUUGAAGCAGCAGCUUCUGCAACAACAGCAGCAGCAGCAGCAGGCUGCCUAUUACCAGCAGCAGCAGAUGAUGCAAGCUCAGCAGUUCCCAGUGAUGCAGCAAGGAGCGCCAGCACAACAGCAGCUGAUGCAGAACUAUUACCAGCAGCAGCAGCAGCAACAGCAGCAGCAGAUGAUGGCCCAGCAGGCAGCAAUGCAGCAGAAGACAGCAGUAGCAGCGGUUCAGCAAAAGCAACAAGCCCCGGCGCCACCGCAGCCCCAGGCCCAGCAAAGUGCAGCCCAGCCAGUGCAGCCACAGGAGCAAGUGAUGCAGGCACAAAUGAGGCAACAGCAAAAACCUCAAACCACGCCCCCCACAGCAGUGCAAGGUCAGAAGCUGGGCUCUCUCACCCCUCCGUCCUCUCCCAAGACGCAGCGUGCGGGACACAGGAGGAUUCUGAGCGAUGUGACCCACAGUGCGGUUUUUGGGGUUCCAGCCAGCAAGUCUACCCAGCUUCUUCAGGCAGCUGCUGCUGAAGCCAGUCUCAAUAAGUCCAAAUCUGCUUCCACCACACCCUCGGGUUCCCCAAGGACCUCACAGCAGAAUGUCUAUAACCCGCCUGAUGUCUCCACGUGGAAUCCGUUUGACGAUGAUAACUUCUCCAAACUCACAGCUGAGGAGCUGCUGAACAAGGACUUUGCAAAGCUAGGUGAUGGGAAAGCUCCGGAAAAGAUGGGCAGUUCCACAGAGAACUUGAUUCCAGGUUUCCAGCCGGCUUCAUCUGCAACCCAGGCAGAUGCAUUUGGUGGCUCUUCCUUCACUGCUGGAUCAGCUGAAAAAACGAAAGACAUUCUGAGUUUGGACACUAGCCCUCCUCUUCUGACUGUGCCUGAUCCUUUCAUUCCUCUCCCGUUAUCCGACACGCCAGAAAAACUCAUUGAGGGACUCAAAUCUCCUGAGACUGCGCUUCUGCUCCCCGAUAUCCUGCCUCUCGCUGACCCCUUCGGUAGCACAUCAGACGCUGUGAAUGGAAAACCUGACGUAGCUGUUGAGAGUCUCAUACCAGGCCUCGAGGCUCCAUUGCCCCAACGCCUUGUGUCACAGACGGAGUCAGUUGCCUCCAACAGAACAGACUCUCUCACUGGGGAAGACUCUCUGCUUGACUGUUCUCUGCUUUCUAACCCUGCUGCUGACCUCUUGGAUGAGUUUGCUCCUGUAGCUUUCGCAGCUCAACCUCACAAAGCUGCAGAAGAUACUAACCUGAUAUCAGGCUUUGAUGCUCCUGAGGGCUCUGAAAAAGUGACAGAAGAUGAGUUUGACCCAAUUCCAGUGUUGAUAUCAAAAAACUCACAAGGUGGGCAUUCUAGAAACAACAGUGGAAGCUCUGAGUCCAGUCUUCCCAACAUAGCCAGGUCUUUACUGCUGGUGGAUCAGCUCAUAGACCUGUAGCAGUGACACAGUAGCAGACGCAG